CAUAAAUAACCAAAUAAAGAUUUUACCAACUUUUUCUUCUUCCUCUUCUUCUAUUUACUGAUUAUUGUUUGGAAGUGAAGAAAAAAGAAGCUUAUUUUCUUCUUCUUCUUCUUCACCAAAUUGUUUGUCUAGUUGUCUGUGUCCCAUUCUUCUCUCUCUUCUCGUGAAAAAGGAACCACAUUUCUCUCUAAAAUUUCUGGGUUUUCCUUAUUAGUGGAUUUGAGGAUCGUGUUUGGCAGAUUCUAUCUGAUUUCUGAUCAGAGAGAGAGAGAGAGAGGAGAGAGAAAAAAGGAGACAGCUUUCUCUCUCUAAAAGCUCUGGGUUUUACACGCUUGAGAGAGUAUUUUGGGGAUCUUAUGUUGAUUUUGCUGUGAUCAGAGGAGAGAGAGAAAAAGAGAGAUGGGAGGUUGCGUGUCAACGCCUAAGAGCUGCGUGGGAGGGAAAUUAAGGUCAGGCAAGAGGAGAAAGACUCGGACAAGACGAAAGAUUCAGAAGAAGAGAGUUGUGUCUUCUUCUCGCUUAUCUGACGGAUCUUUCGACAAUCACGAUCGUUCCUUCUCCAAUCCCACCUUCCGAGCAAGCGUUGAUGAAGCAUGGUUUGAUUCCAACCUGGCCUUUGAAACCGAUUGUGAUGAUGAUUUUCACAGUGUGGAAGAUAUGUUGUCAGUAAACGGAGCUGAGCGUAUCUCAGUAUCGAGUAUGUCAUCUGUUAGAGACUCUAACCAUGAAGGUUCUGCUCGAAACUCUCUAAGCGUAGAUGAGGUCAUCUCACAAUCAAAAUCAGAGAGUGCCUUGACUGACAACACUAAGCAGCCUGUUUUCAUCGACGAGAUAUCUUCAAAUGUCGAUGAUAGCUCAAGAAAAGACGAAGGAUUGUUGGAAAGCUGUGGGAUUCUUCCGAGCAAUUGCUUGCCUUGUCUUCAUUCGACUGUUCCUUCGAUCGAAAAGAGAAGGUCUUUAAGCUCUAGCCCUCCGAGCACAAGGAAGAAAGCCGCGCUUAAACUAUCUUUCAAGUGGAGAGAAGGACAUGCGACAGGUCCUUUAUUUUCGAUGAAAACGCAGUUGCAGAGACCUAUUGCCGGCACUCAAGUUCCUUUUUGUCCACUAGAAAAGAAAAUGUUUGAUUGUUGGUCAAUCAUUGAGCCAAGUAGUUUCCGUGUUCGCGGGAAAACUUACUUCAGAGAAAAGAAGAAAGAGUUUGCACCAAACUAUGCUGCAUAUAACCCCUUCGGUGUCGAUGUAUUCUUAUCACAACGUAAAGUUAACCAUAUAGCGCAAUUUGUGGAGCUUCCUGUUGUUAAUACCUCCUCAACAAAGCUCCCAUCGAUUCUUGUUGUAAAUGUUCAGAUUCCAUUGUAUCCAGCUGCAAUCUUUCAAGGUGAAACAGAUGGAGAAGGAAUGAAUUUUGUUUUAUACUUUAAACUUUCGGAUAAUUAUUCAAAAGAGCUUCCACUUCAUUUCCAAGAAAGCAUUCGGAGAUUAUUAGAUGAUGAGGUUGAGAAAGUUAGAGGCUUUGCUAUGGAUGCAAAUGUGCCGUUUAGAGAGCGGUUAAAGAUAUUGGGCCGUGUAGCGAAUGUAGACGAUCUUCAAUUGAAUGGUGCAGAGAAGAAACUCAUGAAUGCUUAUAAUGAGAAGCCUGUGCUUUCGCGUCCACAACACGAGUUUUAUUCGGGUGAAAAUUACUUUGAGAUUGAUAUCGAUAUGCAUAGAUUCAGUUAUAUAUCGAGGAAAGGGUUCGAAGCGUUUUUAGAUAGACUCAAGCACUGUGUUCUUGAUGUUGGACUUACAAUUCAGGGAAAUAAACCGGAGGAGUUACCGGAGCAGAUUCUGUGUUGCGUCCGGUUAAAUGGGAUUGAUUACAUGAAUUAUCAUCAGUUAGCUCUUAAUCAAGAAUCUCUAUGAUAAACAAAAUAAAAAAUUGACUUUUUUGUUUGUUUCUCUUUUUUUUUCUUUGUUCGUCAAGAACACAAAAUCUAAGAGCUUUUCAUUUUGAAGAAAUACUCAAUAAUGAAAGGAUUAUAAACCACUCCAAAAAAUUGUGGUACCUUUACACGAGUCUGUCCAUUGUCGUCCAAGCUUCGAUUUAGAGUUCAUUAUAAAUGCUGUUCCCAAAAA